UAGGCAAGGCAUAAAACAAGCAAACAGGGGCUCUUUGGCUCAGAGUCCACUCAUUGGAGGAAGAAAGCGGCAUCACACUCUGGGAGUCCUGGUCGAUACACAGCUGCGUCGCCCUGUGCUAAAUUCCGGCAUCGGCCACAGCCCUGGGAGAGCCGAAGGGAAUGAAACUGCUGGCUGCCUGCUUGGUGUCCCUGCUGCUCGUCUGUCUGGCCCUGCCCGGAGCCGAAGGCCGAAUCCACGAGCGAUCCAUGGAAAUCAGGAACCCUGAUAUCGACCCUUCCUGGUACACGGGGCGUGGGAUCAGACCCGUGGGCCGGUUCGGCCGGAGGAGGGCGGUCGUGGAAGGCUCCCGGAAGGCGGGCUACGGACACCGGCAAACGUGCGUGCCGCUGGAAGAGAGCAGCGAGUCCGUUCAAGAUGAAUGAAACCGCUAAGGGCCACAAUGAAUGUGAGCAAUGACAAUAAAAGACCCUUCGCCUCCCUGCCCUUCAGCCUCUUCCCAGCACGUGAAAAUGUUUGGUCUGUUCUCCAUGUAUCUUUGUGGCUAUAAAUGAUAGGAACCAAAGAGCAGUUAGUAACACCCACAUUUUUGCAGACAUUUCCCCUCUUCCCCCCCCCACCCCUCUUGUUCCCCAUUUCUCCCCCUUUUCUGGCUUUUGCUCUCAGUCGAAGGUGGUUCGCACUGGGGGAGGGGGAGAAGAAAUACAAAUUCCCAUGGUAAUCGUCUGACAACGUGGGCUCUUUUAUACAGAUCAGAAUAAUAAAACCAUGGAAAACCCUCGCUCUGCAGGUGUCUGCCGUGCUGUUCAAGGACUCCAACGUGUCUUCCUGCUGGGGCGUAGGAUCCUUGGAGCGUUUCUUUCCCCGGAGGUUGCGUCGCGUUUCCUGCACCAUUUCUCCUCCGCACAAGGAAGUGUUUUGAGCGGCUCCCCAGACUAAGUAGCCAUCUUUUCACUCUGGGAUCCGGACGCCCUCUGAAAACAGGG